GGCGCAGGACUGCAGGAGAGCGGCUCUCCCGUGCUGUGGCUGCUCUCCCGGGCUUGCUCCAGCCUCCGUGACCAGGGAGAAUAUUUGGGACCAAGGCGGCGAAGGUGCAGGACUGGCCUGAGUCCUGCCAACAAAGCAGGUGUCAACUGACUGUAGUGUGUACAGUAACCACCCACCAACCUCAGAGAAAAAAGUCCUUAUAAGGAAGCCAACACAACGGAAAAUAAGGCCAUGCUUCCCGCAGGGUGGAUUGUGAGACUGGGGCUUCCACUUCUGCUCCUAACACUGGCGUGUGGAGAGGAGGGACCAGAUACAGGUUCAUGCCAGCCUCAUCCCUCCUGCCAUGAGUGCAUCCAGUCCCACCCACAUUGUGCCUGGUGCAAGCAAGUGGGCUUUGUGCAGGCGGGUGGGUCAGACUCUGGGAGGUGCGCCCCUCGACUGGAGUUGGAGCGUCGCGGCUGCCUUCCCGAUGAGAUCGUGGACCCCCAUGGCCAGCAGCAGAUACUGGAGGACAGGCCCUUGAGCAACAGCACUCAGCACCAGACCAUCACACAGCUGGCCCCACAACGGAUUUCCCUCCGGCUUCGGCCUGGUGAGGAGCAGAAUUUCACAGUCCGCUUCAGAAGGGCAGAAGGCUAUCCUGUAGACCUCUACUAUCUCAUGGACCUUUCCUACUCCAUGAAGGAUGACCUGGAGAACAUUAAGCGCCUGGGAAGUGACCUGUUGGCCGCCCUCCGGGAUGUUACCACCUCAGUGAAGAUUGGCUUUGGCUCUUUUGUUGACAAGACAGUGCUUCCCUACACGAGCACGGCGCCCUCAAAGAGGCGGAUGCCCUGCCCAACGGCGGAUGAUCACUGCCAACCAGCCUUCAGCUAUCAGCACGUCCUGCAGCUGACCGACAACGCCAGUGAGUUUGAGAGCAGAGUCAGUCAGCAGCACAUUUCGGCUAACAUGGACGAUGCUGAGGGAGGCUUUGAUGCCAUCAUGCAGGCAGCAGUUUGCCAGAAGCAGAUUGGCUGGCGUGAUGUGACGAGGUUGUUGGUCUUCACUUCAGACGGCGCCUUCCACAUGGCUGGAGAUGGGAAGCUGGGGGGAGUCUAUUUGCCCAAUGAUGGACAAUGCCACCUGGACGCCAACGGCCUGUACACAGAAAGCCACUUCUAUGACUACCCCUCUGUGGCCCACUUGGCCGAGGUGCUCUCUGCAGCCAACAUCCAGCCCAUCUUCGCGGUGACCGGUUCCAUGCUUCAUAUGUAUGAGGAGCUGAGCAGACACAUUCCCAAGUCGGUGGUUGGAGAACUGAAGGAGGAUUCCAGCAACGUGGUGCAGCUCAUUGCGGAGGCAUACAAUAGCCUCUCAUCCACGGUGAAUCUGGAGCACUCCGCAGACCUGCCUCCUGGCAUCUCCAUCGCGUACGACUCGCACUGCGGCAACUCGGAAGCCUUCGGCCACGAGCAGGGUGGGGAAUGCCUUGGUGUGCGCGUCAACCAAAUGGUGCAAUUCACAGUGAGGAUCAAGGCCACUGCCUGCCUCCCUGGGCCACAGAAACUGGUGCUGCGCGUGCUGGGAGUGGGCGAGGAGCUGCAGGUGCAGCUGACAACGGCAUGCGAGUGCCAGUGCGGAGAUGCCCAGCCCUACGCGGAGCACUGUUCUGGCGGCCACGGCAACUUCAGCUGCGGUGUCUGCAGCUGUCAGGAGGGCUACGUUGGAAGGUUGUGCGAGUGCCAGCAAGAAAAGGCAGGGGCUCCAGAGGCCACGUGCCAAGAUGUGAAUGACACGGGCCCCAUCUGCAGUGGGAAGGGCCAGUGUGUGUGCGGGAAGUGCCAGUGCAGCAGCCAAGCAAGCGGGCCCUUUUGCAACUGCGACAACACUGCCUGCCACCGGCACAAUGGGCAGCUCUGUGCAGGCAAUGGGCAAUGCAGGUGCGGCACCUGCCAGUGCGACGCGAAUUACACCGGGAGUGCCUGCGAGUGCAGCCUGGACACCAGUGGGUGUGUGCAGGAGGGCACCACCUGCAGCGGUCACGGGCGCUGCGUGUGUAACCGAUGCCAGUGCGACCCCAGCUGGUUUGGCAGCCACUGCAGCCACUGCCUGGACUGCCAGACACCCUGCGAGCUGCACAGGGACUGCGCAGAGUGCAAGGCCUUCGGGACCGGGCAGCUGAGUGCGAAUUGCAGCGCCUCCUGUGGCCAGACGGUGCAGGUCGUGCCUGCAGCCAGCACGCAUGAGGGGUGGUGCCAGAUGCCGAUGAAAGGCAGCAGCCUCCUCAUCUUCCUCAUCGAGACGGAUGAGACUGGCGGCGUCACGCUGACAGUGAGCCGCAAAGAGGGUACGACACAGACGGUCAACCUGGUGCUGUGGUUGGUGCUGGGCCUUGUGUUAGCAGGCUUGUCCAUCAUGGUGCUGUACCGUGGCAUUGUGGAGGUGCAGGACCGGAGGGAGUUCAAGCGCUUUGAAAAGGAGUUGGAAAAGCUCCAAUGGGACAAGGCGAACAACCCGCUGUUCCGGGAAGCCACCACCACAUUUAUCAACCCCAAAUUCAAUUAAUGCACAGCAAACACAGCCUCUGCAGAGAGAGCUGUGUGUGAGAGUCCUUAGCCUGCUGCAGGGAUGUGAGAAAUCUGUGGUGGGGGUUGGGUGGAAACCUGUUGGAUUUCCUCAGGAACCCCCUCAGACUCCGGCUUUGGAUCCACCUGCUGUGCAGGGUGAGCAAGCUCAGAGACUUCAGUUGACAAGAUGGAUCCAAUUUGUGCAUUUUUUUAAACUGCCAAUGGAAUGUAUGAAAACCAGCAUUGGAAAAACGUAUCAUUUUAACAGGACCUGUAUAUCUCAUACAAAUCUCACAAACUCAUGUGGUUUUUCUUGAACAAAAAUGGCUAUUUUUGGCAGAAACAUGCAUGGAAAUCUCACCAGACCACCUGCUUUCCUGCUGCUAGUUUAAUGCAAAAAUAGGACCCAGAAAAAUGUGGCUCAUGCACAGACCCAAUUUCUCUAAAUUUCAUAGGUAAUUAAAAAAAAGUUUGACCUAUACUUCACAGGACAGAAACAAGAUCACCCCAAAUAUGGCAAAUGGCAUCUGAACCAUAUGAAACUCAUUUCCCCAGUGGCUCUUGCUAUCUCAAACUAAAAGCUUUCUGACAAUGUUUCAUUUGGAUUCUCAAGCCCCCCGUCUCCCCAAAUCAGUGGUAUGUGAACAAGGAUGACCCACUUCCAGAAAGAAACCACUCCUUGGGUUUCUUUCACUGAAUCAUUCUUCUGGGUGCUCCCCCUUUGAGGCAGGUAAUUCUAUAGGAUAAUUAUCCAGUCGUACCUGCUGUAGAAACAGGGUGACCACUGCUAACAGCAAGCAGGGGCUGACUGGAAGAAGGCUAGUGCAGUGAAUCAGAGAAGCAGUAACCAGGUUCUGCUGGAGCGAAGUGCUGUGGAUUCUCUUGACCAGACCACAGGCUGCGAAUUACUGGAACAUGCAAUUGCCUUCAUAGAGCUGAGCACCUCCAGAUGACAUUGGUGCCAGGUUUGGGAAAGCUGCCGUAGCACAGCAGGCCCAGGUCAUUCCAGUUUGGUUUUCCAUUUCCAGCAGUGACACCCCUUGAGGGUCUCAUGAUGGCCAGUCCCCAGCACACUUCCAGGUACAGGCUGAGUGGCUGUAGUGGCUAGCAACUGCAUGCAUGCCAUGCAGUUCAACUCAUCCUUCCCCCCUGGGAUUCUGCCUAUCAGUCUCCAUGCCUGAGCUGGUCUUAACGUUGAUCUUGAGGAUUUCUACCCCCACCUCCCCAAUGGUUCUCAGGCUCCCCAACAUAUAGGAGUCAUUUCUGAGUCAGGAAGCUCAUGAAUUCAUGGUCACGCUGACACUGUAGCUUUUAUCAUUGUCCUUUGUAUAUGAUAUGUCUAAAUUACCAGUCAGCCCAGUUAUAGAGUGGUCCGGAAGUAUAAUGAAUUAAAAAAGCAUUUUAAAGGUAACA